AUUUUGAAUAAUUUUCAACACAGCAUUUUCCUCUUUUUUUAUUCUUCCCAUUGACCCUAACGUAGUUAUAUAAUUUAGACGUGUGUCUGAACGGCAACAAUUGUCCACGCUUCAAAAUGAGACAGUUUUGUGGCAGCAUGUGCGCCCAGUGUUCACAGGACUCGGAGAGGAACUACUACAGCGGAGGUGCUCGUUUCUACAGGCACAUUUUCAUUUAUUUAUUUUUUUGCGGAAAGAGGACCAAAAUGGACAGAGGUUGUUUCUUUUUAGCACUAUGCUAAGAUCCCGGGCAGCCCUACCACCAUGCUGGAACUGGGCUCAUGUUCUGUCAGCUCUCAGUCUCUGACAGAUGACCACAAUGCUUUGGGGCUACCUCCAGCCUCAGGAGGGCCGGAGAGUCCAGCAGCUGGGUUCGGACAGUUGUGUGGCGGCAGCAGCCCCAGGCUCCACGUCUUGUACCCAUCCCCGACGGACUGCGAGAGCUGGCAGAAGCAUCGGGGAGGGCUGGCUGGAGAUUCGAGCCCCUACUCGGAGCCUAACGCCCUCCUGGAGCCCCGGAGUCUUUCCGCCAGCUACGACACCCUCUACCUUCCCCAGAUGUCUGGGCAGGCUCAAACUCUCCACCCAAACCGUCUUGGCCUCUCCCUGGAUGUGGCCUCGACAUUUGACGCUGGAGUGGGGAUGCUUGGGGCCGAUGGAGAUUUGGCAGUCAGUCCUAACGUCAUCAAGAGACGGCGGGGAGGUCUGAUUGAGCAGAGAGACAUUGUCAAAGCACACCAGGCCCAUAAGAUACAUAGCACUCCACAGGCUCGACGUAAAGAAUGGGAAAUGGCCCGCUUUGGAGACGACGUCCCAGGCUUGUUAAGCUCCGGGGAUGGAGGGUCUGAUCGCAACCGGAACCGCGAUGGAGCGGCCGUGUCCACAGGUGGGAUCUCGCCGGCGUUUAAGCAGACCAAAGCGCAGCGCGCCCGCACCAUGGCCCUGUACAACCCCAUCCCGGUCCGGGAGAACUGCUUCACCGUCAACAGGUCGCUCUUCAUCUUCGGAGAGGACAACGUGGUCAGGAAGUACGCUAAGAAAAUCACUGAGUGGCCUCCAUUCGAGUACAUGAUCCUCACUACCAUCAUUGCCAACUGUAUUGUCUUGGCUCUGGAGCAGCACCUUCCUGGCGAGGACAAAACCCCCAUGUCCAAGAGACUGGAGAAGACUGAGCCUUACUUCAUAGGAAUGUUCUGUUUGGAGGCCGGGAUAAAGAUCAUCGCUCUGGGCUUUGUGUUUCAUAAAGGUUCCUACCUCAGGAAUGGCUGGAAUGUCAUGGAUUUUAUUGUGGUCCUCAGUGGGAUCCUGGCUGCAGCGGGGGCCCAUAUGAACAUGUCGGUGGAUCUGAGGACUCUGAGGGCUGUGAGAGUACUACGACCCCUCAAACUGGUCUCCGGCAUACCCAGUCUGCAGAUAGUCCUGAAGUCUAUAAUGAAGGCCAUGGUGCCACUGCUGCAGAUUGGUCUGCUGCUGUUCUUUGCAAUCCUUAUGUUCGCCAUCAUCGGACUGGAGUUUUACAGCGGCAAACUGCACAGGACCUGCACACCACAACCUGGCAUACGGGAAAAUGAGACGGUGGACUCGUCUGAGUACGAGUUCCCGUGUGGCGUGCGUCAGUGUCCAGGCAAAUACGCCUGCACAGAAACCUGGAUUGGGCCUAAUGACGGCAUCACUCAGUUUGACAACAUCCUGUUUGCAGUCCUCACUGUCUUCCAGUGCAUCACCAUGGAGGGAUGGACCACUGUGCUCUACAAUACCAAUGAUGCCUUGGGUCCCACCUGGAACUGGCUUUACUUCAUCCCUCUCAUCAUCAUCGGCUCCUUCUUUGUCCUGAACCUGGUGCUGGGAGUCCUUUCUGGGGAAUUUGCCAAAGAGAGAGAGAGAGUGGAAAACCGCAGGGCCUUCAUGAAGCUGCGACGCCAGCAGCAGAUUGAGAGAGAGCUAAACGGAUACCGCGCCUGGAUCGACCGAGCAGAGGAAGUCAUGCUUGCAGAGGAGAAUAGGAACCCAGGGCCUUCUGCUCUUGAUGUGUUGAAGCGAGCCACCACUAUAAAGAGGAGAGGCAUGGAUGUGCGUCAGGGCCAGUCAGGGGAGGAGCAUUAUGGUGAUAUCUCUUCUGUGGGCAUACCCAUGGCCAGAGCCAGCAUUCGGAGUGCAAAGCGAGGUCCAACGGCCUAUUUCCGACGCAAAGAGCGUCUCCUGAGAAUUUCCAUUCGCCGUGUGGUGAAGACACACACUUUCUACUGGACAGUGCUUGGCCUUGUGGCUCUCAACACGCUGUGUGUCGCCAUUGUGCACCACAACCAGCCUCUGUGGCUGUCCAACUUUCUCUACUAUGCAGAGUUUCUGUUCCUCGCUCUGUUCCUGACAGAGAUGUUCCUGAAGAUGUACAGCCUGGGGCCGCGUCUCUACUUUCAUUCCUCGUUUAACUGCUUUGACUGCAGCGUAAUCAUUGGCAGUAUCUUUGAGGUUCUGUGGGGUUUCUUUAGACCGGGAACUUCAUUUGGUAUCAGCGUCCUUCGUGCUCUCCGUCUGCUCAGGAUCUUCAAAAUCACUAAGUAUUGGGCAUCUCUGAGAAACCUGGUUGUGUCUCUGAUGAACUCCAUGAAGUCCAUCAUCUCCCUGAUCUUCCUUCUCUUUCUCUUCAUUGUUGUCUUCGCACUCCUUGGCAUGCAGCUUUUUGGUGGCAGGUUCAUCUUUGAAGACUACACGCCGACAAACUUUGACACCUUUCCUGCAGCUAUCAUGACUGUCUUUCAGAUCCUGACUGGAGAGGACUGGAAUGAGGUCAUGUAUAACGGUAUUCGUUCCCAAGGAGGAGUGAAGUCUGGGAUGUGGUCCUCUAUCUACUUUAUAGUCCUCACUCUUUUUGGAAACUAUACUCUUCUGAAUGUCUUCUUGGCCAUCGCUGUUGAUAACCUUGCCAACGCACAAGAACUUACCAAGGAUGAAGAGGAAGCAGAGGCAGCCUUCAACCAAAAGCAUGCCCUGCAGAAGGCAAAGGAGGUUGGACCACUUUCCUCCUUCAUGUCUUCAGAGGGAAGCCGUAGGAGGCGGCCCUACCUGUACAGGAAAAGAGCCAUACAUCGCAGCCGGCCGACCUACUCCUAUUCCCUGGAGGAGACUCAGGGCAGCAUUAGGGAGGGCCGCCCACCACCACCACUCAAACCCUCUAACUCUUUCAUGUCCAGGAGAGAGAGGAGAAAGAGAAUGACCAUGUCAGUAUGGGAGCAGAGGACCAGCCAGCUUCGAAGACACCGGCAGAUGUCCAGCCGAGAGAUUUUGUUUAGCAGCCCCAGCGAUGAAAAAGAUGGCCCCCCUGCUUCCGUUCAUGGACGUUCCCUGUCACUGCACCGUAAAGCCAUGCAGCACACGCCAUCAGGGAGCAUAAAGCGACUGACUGACCCUCUGGCCUCACCAGGCAAGAACCAGCCUGCAGACUCCACUGUGGCUAUGGAUGCGCCCCGAGAUGCUGCUCUUCCUGGUGACAUCCCUGACUCACCUAUGUCAGUGCUGGAUCCUACAAAUGUACCAUGCUUGGCCCUACCAGACCCUCCUGAAUCCGAAGCCAUCGAAGAAAAUAGAAAACUGGGCCUUAACCACAAACAUCUCGCCGAGCGUCGAAGCCCAAGACUAAACGUAGAACGUCAACACAGGCAUGUGAAAAAGUUCAGGCCUCCAGAUAAUAUUGAUGCACUGACUCCUGAAAAAGGAGGUCACCUUGAGAACCGAGGUCGAAGGGGGCCACAGUGUGACCAUCGGAACGGGACCAGAAAUCAAGCAUCUUCUCCUGAAAAUGGAGGAAAGUUGGCUUGUAGCGCAGACAUUGGCGAGAACAGAGUAAAUUCUGGGAAAAUCGAGGAGAAAGGAGCAGAGCCUGAGAACAACCAUGAAGUGGUAUACAAACACGAGGAGAGCAGACUGGCUAACCGUAAUGAUGGGGGAAACUCUAACUCCAAAGACAACCUCUCUGGUGACCGGUGCCCUCAGAAGCAAGACGAACCUCUGAAACAGUCUGAACUGCCGACACCCAACAAACUAGAGGAUGACAAUGAUGAAAAGGAGCCACAGCAGGACAAGCUCUGCUCCAGUGUGAUCAUUGAGGUGCCUGACAUGCAGUCGUCUCUUGAACUCUCCACCAUCACAGUCAACAAUAAAGACCCAGAAACCUACAAGUCAGAAAAGGAAGAGGUGGAAGAGACAAAAGCUCUCAACACCGUGACUCCAGACAGCAUGUUCGUCUUCAAACCUGACAACCCGGUGCGUCGAGCGUGUCAUUAUGUGGUGAAUCUCCGGUACUUUGAAAUGUGCAUCCUCCUGGUCAUAGCUGCUAGCAGCAUAGCGCUGGCUGCAGAGGACCCUGUAGCCACGUCGUCCGAUUGGAAUAAGGUUCUACGGUAUUUUGAUUAUGUGUUCACUGGAGUCUUCACCUUUGAAAUGAUCAUAAAGAUGAUUGACCAAGGUCUGAUCCUACACGAUGGCUCCUACUUCAGAGACCUGUGGAACAUCUUGGACUUCAUUGUUGUUGUUGGAGCACUGGUGGCCUUUGCCCUCACCAACGUGAUGGGAAACAACAAAGGACGGGACAUCAAGACCAUCAAAUCUCUGAGAGUGUUACGUGUCCUCAGACCUCUGAAGACCAUCAAAAGACUUCCCAAACUCAAGGCGGUGUUUGACUGUGUUGUGACAUCGCUGAAGAACGUUUUUAACAUUUUGAUUGUCUACAAGCUGUUCAUGUUCAUCUUCGCCGUCAUCGCUGUUCAGCUCUUCAAGGGGAAGUUCUUCUACUGCACCGACAGUUCAAAGGACACAGAAAAAGACUGCCAGGGUUACUACAUUGACUACGGAAAGGAUAAAAAAGAGGUGAAAAAGAGAGACUGGAAGAGGCACGAGUUUCAUUACGACAACGUCAUCUGGGCUCUGCUCACGCUCUUCACUGUUUCCACCGGAGAGGGCUGGCCUCAGGUUCUGCAGCACUCUGUAGAUGUAACAGAGGAAGACAGGGGUCCGAGCCACGGCAACAGGAUGGAAAUGUCAAUCUUCUACGUCAUCUACUUUGUUGUCUUCCCCUUCUUCUUCGUCAACAUCUUUGUGGCUCUCAUCAUCAUCACCUUCCAGGAGCAGGGGGAUAAGAUGAUGGAGGAGUGUAGCCUUGAGAAGAAUGAAAGAGCGUGCAUAGACUUUGCCAUCAGCGCAAAGCCCCUGACUCGAUACAUGCCACAGAACCGGCACACGUUCCAGUACCGUCUGUGGCAUUUUGUGGUGUCGCCAUCUUUUGAAUACACUGUCCUGACCAUGAUUGCCCUCAACACUAUUGUCCUGAUGAUGAAGUAUUACUCCGCCCCGCCUGCGUACGACGCCUUCCUGAAGCACCUGAACACGGCCUUUACCGUCCUCUUCUCCAUCGAGUGUGUUCUGAAGAUCCUGGCCUUUGGUUUCCUGAACUACUUCCGAGACACUUGGAACAUUUUUGACUUCAUCACCGUGUUGGGCAGCAUCACUGAGAUUGUGGUAGACUUGCAGCGCAUAGACACGUUCAACAUGAGCUUCUUGAAGCUGUUCCGAGCCGCUCGUCUGAUCAAGCUGCUGAGGCAGGGUUACACCAUCCGCAUCCUCCUCUGGACCUUCGUUCAGUCAUUCAAGGCUUUGCCCUACGUCUGCCUGCUCAUUGCUAUGCUCUUCUUCAUCUACGCCAUCAUUGGCAUGCAGGUGUUUGGGAACAUUAAACUGAAUGAGGAGACUCACAUUAACCAGCACAACAACUUUAAAACCUUUCUAGGUGCUUUGAUGCUUCUGUUCAGGAGUGCAACGGGGGAGUCGUGGCAGGAGAUCAUGCUGUCGUGUCUCGGGGGGCAGAAGUGUGAAAUGGACCCGUCUCUUCCCCCUGCAGCACUGACGACGGACCAUAAGGAGGGCUGCGGCUCAGACUUUGCCUACUUCUACUUUGUCUCCUUCAUCUUUUUCAGUUCUUUCCUGAUGCUGAACUUGUUUGUGGCUGUGAUCAUGGAUAACUUUGAGUAUCUCACAGUGCCGGAGGUAGUGGAGUACAACCAUCUGAUGCAGCAGGCCAGGCAGGACCAAACAGUAAUUAAAUCUCCGCAGCGCACUGCAUCUAUCAGAGCGUCCUCCAUGCCCAGGCUGGCCGUUGAUCCACAGGCGGCAGUGUCAGAAGACGGGAGGCUGAUGAAACGCUCCUUCUCCACCAUCGGAGAUCAGUGUGUGAACGGCCUUUGGCAGGAGCAACACUCUCUGGAGAAAAUCAGCCCUGACGACACAUUCAGAGCCCGUCAGAGGAGCUACAGAGGUCCCAAAAUCAGCCCCAGAGACACAAGCAGUCGCGAGAGAGGCCGAUCGAAGGAACGGCGCCACCUGCUGUCUCCCGACGUGUCCCGGUGCAACUCUGAGGAGCGAAGCAGGGAGCCUUCCCGCGAGAGGACGGAGUCCUGCUCGCCGAGCGAAGGACGUGUGCCCAAUAUCCAGAAACAGGUAAUGGCAUCUGGCAGUCCAGCAAACUCAGCCUCCGAGUCCAGCACCCCUCGUAACCGGCGCCAGCUGCCCCAGACACCCUCUCGUCCGCGGCCUUACAUCUCCUACUCUCCUCUCGUCUGCAAAGCCUCGACCUCUCCCACCGCCGCUCCCACCUGCGAGGGGCAGUACCAGCCUCAGGACGCCCCCAGUGGCUCCACAGAGACCUCAUGGCAGGCUGAGAAGGAGCGCAGACCCCUGUCGGCGGGUCACUGCUCCUCCGGAGGCAGUAUCGUCGUGCCAAGCCACCCGUCGCCUCACCGCUACAUAUCGGAGCCCUAUCUCCCGUUCCACGAGGAGUUCAGCGGUGGCGAUUCAGGUGAGAGACAGGAAACACUGACCUUUGAGUCCGCCAUGGCCACCAGUCUGGGACGGGCCAACGCCAUAAGCUCCGCCCCUCAGCUCAGACACUCCUGGCAGGUUCCCAACGGUCACGUCCGCAAGCACUUGGUCAAGGGGAGCCCGACCGACAACAGCGAGCUGCUCAGCGACACAGAUGAGGAUGACCGCUGCUAGAACUCAGAGACAAAGAUGCAAACGACACACAGUGCGUCUGGGCAACCCGGAGGGGGGUGGGGGGGCUUCAUAGCACCGGGGGGAGCGGAUUUAGCUCUGCUGUGGCUCAGACAACUUCACGUUCUCAGCACCCGUAGCAUUACAGCCAAGACUGAGCAACGCCGCUGUUCAUCCGGACACGUGUGUCCUUCUUCACAUGUCCGUGCGUGUUCAUAGUAGCUGAAGGGAGUCUAGACGUUUGGACCUGAAAGUCUGUUGACGUGUGUGUGUGUGUGUGCGCUCCUAAUAAAGAAUGUGCCAAAAAAAAAAAAAAAAAACAGCGGACGGGGACCCUGACAUGCGUAGCCCAACGCACCCAAAACAAUGUGUUGCAGUUCGUUCUCAAACAAGCGUUUUGUUACAGAACAAAAACACGGUGAGAUGUCCGUCCGACACGUGCAAAUGUUUCCAAAAAAAAUAAAAAUAAUAAUAAUUCAGAUUAAGUGCAGUUUGUGGAAGUGAAAAAUAGAGGUAGCAUAUACACAUGUAAUAAGAUGAAUGUAUUUUAGUUUUCUGUUCAGGUUUAUUGAGUGGGUUGCUGUUAAGUCUUCGCAGUGCGUAGUUGUGGGAGGAGAAGAUUCUGUGGCAGCCAUUACCGACUUUUCCCGUUUACAUUAAGAGUUUCUAAGCGAUUUAUCGGGCAUUACUCAGCUUGAUCUUUCUGUUAUAAUGUGAAGAAAAAAAAAAUAUAUAUAUAUAUACUGUAAGCUUGGAAAACACAUGAGAAAUAUUUUUUGCCUCAGGAUCUGCAGACAUCCAGUAUUUAUUAACCCAACAUGAAGUCCAGAAAAAGCUAAGAACUACAAUCAAUUAUUAGACUUCAACAUGGCAAAGUAAUUGAAGUGAAAGAUUUUAUUCAGGCCCAGUGCUUUUCAUCCUCUUUGCUCACCGACUCCGCCGGCCGUAUCCCAGUGAUGCUGUCAUUGUGAAGCCAGCCAAAUGUUUGUCCAGUCCACACGUCCCUGCGCUGAACAACCAACCUUGAUGGCGUGGCAGGGAGCUAAUUUCAGCCGCUUUGUACACUGAGCUGGGGAUGUGUUGCCUUUUUUUUUUUUUUUCUCGUGAUGAUGAAAGUUAUGACAAAUUGCUGUCAUACCACCAUACACCAGGAUGCUUUAACAGAAAUCACAGCAGUGCUGUUUUUUAUUUCUAACUCCCAUAUUGUUGCCAUUGUGUUAUUGUCUUUAGGAAAUUGUUAUUGUAUUUUUUAUGUGCUUUGAGAGCUUUACUAUUUUCCACAUGCAUGAUCAUAUCUUAAAGCUUUCUUAUUAUUUUUGGUGUUCAAGACGUUUUUUUGCAACAAAGUUAUUAGAAAACGAAUAUGGAAAGACGUACACUAUAUUGCCUAAAGUAUUCAGUCACUGGUUUUCAGUGACAUCCCAUUCUUUCUUUGUAGCUGUAAGGGCUUCACCUUCGUCUGAGAACGCUUUCCACCAGGCUUAGGAGUGGAUUUACGGGAUUUUUUUCUAAUCAUUCAUUUUGAAGAGCAUCAGUGAGGUCAGACACUGAGGUUGGAGGAGAAAGCCUGGCUCCCAGUCUUUGCUCUAAUUCAUCCAUUAUCUGUUGAGGUCUGGACUCUGUGCAUGCCAUUCAUGUGCUUCCACACCAAACUCUCUCUUCUACAUCCUGAUCGCUUUUAGUUUGCUUUGGUUUUGUCACUUUGCUUCCCAUAUUCAGCUCAUUCUUUAGGUUAGAAAUUCCUCUUGAUUUUCGUUCUGCACUUUAGUAUUUUGUGUGUUCUUUACAUUCUUUGUUUCCCUUUGUUUGUUUUUUUUACAUAUUCUGUUAUACCUGGGGUAGUAUUCUGAAUAUUCCUAGAUUUGCUUUCUGCUAAUGUUUGCUUUGUUUUGUUAGUGUGUUUUCUGUAAUCCCUGAUUCAGCCAGCACCUUCCCUCAUUGUCUCAGCUCUCCCCAGCUGUCUAUUAUUAACUAUCUUGUACUCCAGUAAUUGAGGUCUGACCAGCAUAAAUACCACUUGGUUUUCUCACUCUGUGUCAGAUACUCUGUGGUGCUACCAGCCUGGUUUGUUUCUUGUGGUCCUCCUCUUGUGUCUUCUUUUUGCAUUUCCCUCCAGAUUGAGUUUUUUCUUCUUUAUUUUCUGGCCUCCUGCUUCCUCCUCCUCUGCUUUAUCGUUAUGACAGUUUAAGUAUUUCUAGACCUCUUCAAAAGUCAUGUUGCCGUCUCUAAAUGGUAACAAAGCUGGCAGUCUAAGGUUGUCCAAAAUGUCUUGGUAGGGUAAAGAAUUAACCCAUUUUAUGAAGCUCUCUAACCUCUGUCUUGAGUUUAACUAAAGGUCACGUGAAGUUCUGAGGUCUGUAAAUAUCGACUUUGAAACCCUUCUGUGAUUUUACGUGGACUACAAUUUUGUGGUUGAGUUCCGAUUGUUUCCAGUCACUUCAGUUUUGUUAUACUUACACUAACUGACUGCAAAAUUACAUAUCAACCAAAUUCACGACUGGAUUCAUUGCACAAAUGGCUCUCUUAUCACGGUACCAUGUUUUAAUUUCACGGAGCUCCUGAGAGCGAGCCCUUCUUUCGCAAAUGUUUGUGGAAGCAGUCUCAAAGCCUCGGUGCUGGGUUUAAUACACCUUAAACACCUGAAUUCAGUGACUGGGUUUGGUGACCCGAUACUUUAAGCAAUAUGGUGUAUUUGUCUGUCUUUCCCAGCUUUCGCUCUCCACUUAUUUUGAACAUUACAAGCUUGAGUUUGUCCUUCCCUCUGAUCAAGAUGAAUAUUUAUAUCACGUGUUGUUGUGGUGUUGAAUUGUAACAAGUUUGAAAUGUGAACCCUGGGCAUAUGUGGACCGAGAAGCUCUCUGAAAAGAGACAUUUAGCAGAAAAGUCUCUAACGGGCUCUCCCUGUGGUAUAUACAUUGCAUAGAAAUGUCCUAAACCUGUACAGUCCAGCUUAGGACUUAACUUGGAUGUCUGUCUGUACAAAGAGCCUAACCUCUGCCUGGGAAAGCUCAUCAAGGGUCCCCUGUCAAGCCUGGAUUAUUUACAUAGACAAGCCCUCUGGUAAAUAUGUAGUAUAAGCUGUACAAAAACAAAUCCAUCUUUCAUUUAUAGUACCUUUUGAUUUCUACUGUAAAUAUCAUACCUGUUUUAUGACUGUUUACAGACACAUUAAAAAGAUGCCCUCUCUUUUCUGUGCCAGGUUACAUUAAAUUGGUAUGAUUUGUUAACACAGGUCUGCAGAGGAGUUUUUGUAAUUAAUAAACAGGGUGAUGCUACUUAGGACACGGACUCUGUAAGGCCUAGCAAUGAUCCUUACAAAAUAAAACUGGAAAAACA